GAGCCCAGCAGCCUCCCGCUCCGCUCCGCUCCGGCAGCAGCUCGCCGCGCACGGCGCCACCAUGGGAGGCUCCAGCUCCAGCUCGCUGGACGAGAGCAAGUGCACCUACAUCCGAGGAAAGACCGAAGCUGUGAUCAAGAAUUUCAGCCCACACUAUAAACGCCAGUAUGUCGUGUCCUUUUGCAAGCACAUCCAGAACGAGCAGGAGCAAGACAGAGACCCGCAGGCUCAAUUCUUAAAAACAAAGCCUCCUGUAGAAUCCAGUACAAUCUUUUAUGAAGGAGAAGCGCUGCAUUUUGCCGAAGACUUGAAGAAGUGGAAGGACAGAUACGUAGUGAUCAAUAACAACUAUGCUGUCGAAAGCUUUGACAGCAAAGAGGCUUUCCAGAAGGGAAUGAGUUCUAAAAGCUGCAUUGUACCUGUUGGAGGCAAAGUACUGACUACAGAGGAAGAAUAUAACAGACUAUCGGAUAAACAUUUCCCAGACCCGGCUGGUUCCAACGGAAAGGAGAAUGCCCAGGCUUUCAUUGUCCUUCCAAAGGAAUUUCCAGUCUAUCUGUGGCAGCCUUUCCUCAGACACCAUUAUUUCUGUUUCCCGGACCCGGAGGCUCAAAAGAAAUUCAGUGCAGCACUGAAUGACUCCAUCAGACACUCCAACCAUGACUUUUUCAAGCAGUCCUCCUUCGAAGCUGAAGCAUUUUUAGAAGCUGUCCAGUUUUUCCGCCAAGAAAAAGGCCACUAUGGAUCAUGGGAAAUGAUAACUGGAAAUGAAGUUCAGAUUCUCAGCAACCUUGUGAUGGAAGAGCUCUUGCCCAACCUUCAAACCAUGCUUCUCCCGAAAAUGAAAGGGAAGCGGAAUGACCGCAAGAGACUGUGGUUUAGUAUAUUAGAAGAAACCUACCUUCUGGUUCAAGAUCAAGUUUCCGAGGGAUUACGGACCCUGAAAGAGGAAUGUAAAGAAGUCACCACCAGCCUGGAAGGAAAUAUGCGUUCAAACAUGGACCAGAUCGUGACUUCUAAGAACUUCGUAGCUGACAAAAUAAAAGCAAAUAUAUCUGAGCCGGUCCACAUAUGCUGUGGCGAAAGUAUCCAGCCCUUCCUAGCUUCCAUUCUGGAGGAACUUAUGGGCCCAGUGAGCUCUGGGUUCAGUGAAGUCCGUUCGCUUUUUGAAAAGGAGGUCAGUGCAAUCAGCCAGAACUUUCAAGCAACGAAUGACAUCACAAAGCUGAAAGAGGACGUGGACCACCUCAUGGGUCUACCUUACAACUCUGUAAAGAUGGAGCUUUGCUACCAGAAAGUCAACCCUCUUCAGGAGAAGCUCCAGGACCUCAAGAACCGCUUCAAAGUCUAUGAUGUCGACAUGAUUAUUCAGAGGACACAAAACAUAAUGCAGGAGCUUCUGGAAAAUGCAGUCUAUACCUUUGAGCAGCUGCUGGAUCUAAACCAUCCCAGAGACACAGCCAAAAUGGCCACAGCCAUUGAAAAAGUCAAACUUCGUGUCCUGAAGCAAUUUGACUACGACAGCAGUACUGUCCGGAAGAAGAUAUUUCAAGAUGCUUUGGUCCAGAUCUCUUUGCCCACCUUGCAGCGGACACUGGCCUCAAGUUGCAAACUGGUCCUUCAGGAAUACGAGCAGUACAUCUUCGCUGAGCAAACCAACGUGAUACAAGUUGAAAAUGUGUACGAAGAGAUUCUACUUCAAAUGUUGCUCAAGGAAACCUUAAAAGUGAUAAAAGAGGCUGCCCAUCUGAAGAAGCAUAACCUCUACGAGGAAAUGACCCUGCCUUCUGAAAGUGUGUCCAGUCUGAGUGAUCUGAAGACCCCUCUGGGGUCAGCACAAAGCAGCCCUGCCAGGAAGCAAAUCACCAGUGUGUCAUCGGACACCGCCGCUCAAAGUAGUGAAGUGCCCACAGCAGAAAACAGUGUUCAGGACAAGGCCCAUGAGACUAGUAAGCUACUGGACCUCAAAGAAGAAAUUUCUGUGUCUGAUAUGCCAACUGAAGCCAAGGAAGAGGGGAUCAUUUCUGAUCUCCAUGGCAAUCAGGAAUCACCCACGGUGCUACCUGGGGUAUUCACAGAAGAGACCACUCCUCAGCCUUCAGAUGUAGUGGAAAGUACUUUGGAUGGAAGCACGAGAAGAGAAGAGAAGGUACCAGGAGAAGAGGAAAACCGUCCAGUUUGUGGUGAUGUGAAUGAAAUAAGAAACUUGUUGACCCUGACAAUGGAAGUGCCAGUAGCUAUUCCACCUGAGAAUAAAGAAAAGGUUUUACAUGAAUGUGAGAUUUCAGAGGUCCAGGAACAUGCAGAGAAAAUGGAUCAGGAGGACAAAGCAAAGGAACGUCAAGCAUGUGAGAUGCAGGAGCCCGUGCUCUUUCCACCCAGUGAAAAACCAGAUGAAAUAAACAUAAUGAGCAUCUCUGAGGAAGCAAGGUACAUACCUCACAAAGUUCCUUCUGAGGUGCUGGAUCUUUGUCAAACUUCAAGGGAAGAAUUGGAGACCCAGACAAGCAUGUCCCAUGCUGAUGUGAGUCCUGAUGACCCAUCCCAGACAAAGUCACCUGAUGGAAAUGGACCAUCCGGCCAGAGAGAAGCUGGUCCCUCCCUUCUCAAGGUUGGUCUCCCUGAUCAGAAGCCACAAGUGGAGCAGCAUGCUGAAAGGGAAGCCCUUGAUGGUGGGCAAGAAGGUCCUUCUUCCCUUCAGGCUGCCUUAAGGGAUGACAAUUUCCAAGCAGGCCAAAAGGACAAAGAAGAUUCGCCGGAAGCAGAACUCUCCCUUCUGCAGUCAGUCCUGGCGGAAGUGGGUGCUCCAUCCUUCUCGGGCCGUUCUGAGGAAAUGCAAGAGUCCAUUCUGAACAUUGCAAAUAUGACAAUCGAGCCGACAGGUCUUCCUGUUUCUGUAGAGGUAAAAGAAAGUGAGGGUAGCCCUCGGCAGCUGUUGGUUAACAUGGACUCCACAGCUUUCACCUUUGCUCAGGGGGAUGAUCCUGGUCAAACAGAGGCAUCUCUGUCAAGUGUGGAGGCUGCAAAUUCCACAGAAGGAGAAACAGAGAAACAGGAAAAUGUGGAGGACAGCUGUCCUCAGUCACAAUUUGAGAAUUAAAAGGGCUAUCUUGUCAAUCAAAUGCUUUAGCCUUGUAGUCAUUACAGGCAGAGUUCUUCAAAAUGAGAAUGGAGAGAACGAGCCAAACUCUCAAAUCCUAUUGGAAAGCACUCGUAUCUUUUGAAUCUGCAGGGGGGGUUUGAGAAUUUUGAUUUUUUUUAUCAUCUCUUUCUUCUGCGAGUUACUGCUUCUGGGAACUCAUUCAGUCCAGCCACUUGGAGGAGGGUCAUCCAAAAUUGCUUACCUUCACCAAAGUUGUGAACCCUUGUGCACCUGGUCAAUGUUGGAAUGACCAAGCUUCUUUUAAAAACUUUGAAAUGAUUUAAAAACAUGAGUCAACCAUUUACAAUGAACAGCCCAUUCAUAUUGAUAAGGGUAGUGUUGAUAAGUGGCUAGAAUUUAGGCAAAAGGGCUAAAAUAGGGAAUAAUUCAGAGAUAAUAAAAAUUGCACAAAGUAUGCUAAGAUGACGAUAAUGGGAAAUCUUCCGCGGGAAAGGGCGAAGGGAUUUGCUUGUUGAAAUUUUGUGCAGCGUAAUUGUGCAUAUCAUUUUGACCUUAACAGCUGAAUGAUCGUUUCUUCUGCAGAAAUUUUGACAGGGGAGUGAUCUGAUUCCACUCCUCUUUUUUGUCGAUAUUGUUGCUAUAUUUAAAGCUGCUGGGAUAGUUGGAGCAGGUUUCUUUGUCUUAUUUUUCUGCACCUUUUGCAGAGCACUUUAUACCCAUUUUUUUGAAUGGAAUGACAAAUGUUUACAGUGACGUGUGCCUCUGCUUGUUCCAGGAUACCUUGGCUAGCUCUAAGAGAUAAAAGAAGCAGCAACAUCCAAUAUUCAAAAUUCAUUAUACAACCUGUAUACAUUAGGCAAACCAAGGGUGUUUGCAUAUUCCUUACUGUAUAUAAUUUAUUCUGAUUCUUCGACUCAUGGAGAGAAACAAGGAGCAGUGCGGACACAUCAUCACUUUGAACUUCGCCAGAAUCAGGGUCAACUUCUUAAUUUGCCUACACAUUUUCUCUUGUAUUUCCGUAGGUAAAAAAGGCUAAACAUUUGCAAUUUUUAUUUCAGAAAGACAAGGGAUAAGGGAAGACCCCUGAAUGAUCUCAGAAUGGGCUUGGGCAUUCACAACCCUUCCCCCCUUGCUUAUGAUUUCAUAAGCAGCAGCACAUGGAAAGCAAAUUUGGACAACUUGUAGGCCAAAAUAUAUGGACAGGCAGAACUCCCUCUCAUCUUUCACGAUGGGCUGUGUUGGUUAGGACUGAUCCUCCAGAUGUUUUGCCCUGCAAGUUACCCUACAGGUAAGGGCUGCAUCCAACGCUCAGGACUCCUUUUCUGCUCCUUUGUUCUGCCGCCUGAUUAACACCAUUAGAUACAAAACCACAAAUGCCUAAAUUGCUUCUCUGGGCUGAUAGGAUGAUUCUGCUUUGAAAAUCAAGGUGCACCAUCAGUCCAUCUGCUCAGUGAAUCAUACGCUGCAACUACAUUAAAACUAACACCAUUAACAUGUUAAACUGUUAGAGUCACACCUGACGGUUCAACCACUGUGCUGCAUAGCCUUUAGCCAUCAAAGCUUCUUGUCAUUCUCUUGUCAUUGCAAUGCUGUCUGAACAAGGCACCUAAAAAUUGUACCAGAAGAAUGGCAAAACUCAUCACAGCUCUAGCAUAGAUUGAGAAAUGUAAGUGUACACCUCGGCUUACUUUGCAGUGAUUCCCCACCAGCAGUAUGGCCCAGGCAAAGACGUCAAUCCCCUAAAUGCAUUGGUGGCCAUUGAAGAGUGAGAACACCACCAGUUGUAGGGCUGUGGGAGCUUGUGACGUGCUUGCACCAAGGCAGAAGUGUUGGAGCUGCCCUCUGUCCUGUUUCUCGUAUACUACGCAGUUGCAUCUUGGUUCAUCCCAGAGAUGAUCAGGGCACGCCUGUAUAUGGGAAGGUAACCCUUCCUUGUUCUUUGGCCUUAGCUUGUGGUACACAGACUAAAAAGCUUGGCCAUCACUGCCUUAAUUUAAGUGCAGAAUCCUAGGCCAGAAUCUGAUGGAAUUAGCUGUAAAGGAGCCUUCUGCAGUGGGCAAAUGCAUAUUGAGGCAUGAAUAGGUAGUCCCGAUAUAUUAACUUCACGAUGUGGCCAUUAAAGAGUGGCUUCAGUUGACACUUGCUUCAGAAUGCUAGCAUAUGUUUGAAAGAACAUUAAGGACACAGGGCGCAACAUUGAUUUAACAGCAUAGUCCCAUUUUGCAAGCCCAUCAUAAGCCAUCUGGCUAAAUUUCUGUAGUCCAAUAACUUGUAAACAACUUUGCACAUCAACUUUGUAUACAGUUUUCUUCAGCAUGGCAAAUAGAAGGAUGCCAUUAGUGAUCAGAUUAAUUGUGCUACAGUAUUGUACACUUAAGAUCAAGUAUGAAGAAUUGGAGAAUACCAUUGUCUUGAGGGGCCAUGGAUAUGGAGGUCAAAAUAAUUACAGAUGACCAUCACAGACAUAUACUUCUUUGUGUUUGAUAACUCAACAUCCUAUUUUGAGUUCUAAACAGAGUGCUCUGAGUUCUAACAGAAGUCUGAGCUGCACAGAAAUGGUUCACUUUUAUAUUCCUAUAAAUUUUUUGCAGUUAUUGCUAUGAUGCUCAGCCGUCUUUCCUCUGACAUAAACUGGAAGUGUGGAAGAAAAAGAAAAGUAUGAACAAAGUCUCCUUUGCAACCUAACUUUAGAUUUAUUGUGCAAUGCUUUCAAAAUAAUAACUAUAUGGGAUAUUGUGACAGUAAUGAAUUUGAGCAAAACAUUUCCUAUGAGCUUCUGAACUGAAAGGAUUAUCUAUCGCUAAAUUCCUCAAUUUUCUACAUGUGCAGAGCACAAAGAAGCUUAACGGAGAUCUCUUCUUCUUGAAAGUUGUAGAGCAGGAACAAUACGUCGAGGGUGGCUUUCCCAACAUGCUGUCCUCCGCACGCCUCGGUUGCAAAUCUAAGACAUGAUCCUAAUGCAACACAGUAGAGAUUCACACCCAGGCUGCCAAUGCUGAACAGAAAAGUGCAAAUCCUAGUCAGCAAUAAACUUCACACUUGCUGCAGUGAGCACUGCUCUUCCCCGCACACAAUCAUGUUCCCCCAAUUUGACAAUUGGGAAGAGUUGGGGGAAAGGGAAGGGUCAGCACUGAAAUGAUGGUUUCUCUUUGCAGCCAUAACUUCAGCAAUGAAUCUAAAGCAGUGCACCUGUGAGACAUUUUGUGCAACUCAGAGACUUCUGCUAGGAUCCAAAGAACCCAUAAUCUUUGAACAUGCUCGUCCUCAUGGCUGUGGAUGAAAAUCUAAAACUGGUCAUUUAGAUUUAGGUAUGCAGUAUCAUGAGCAAAUGCAUUCAAGGGUUUUUUAAAAAAAAUCUCAGAAAUACUAAUUUUAAACAUAGUCCCCUUUGCUUCCGAAACCGGAAAUCAAAACAUAAAGCUUGCCACAAAAUGGACUGUACAGAUGAAAAGUUGUCUCCUCUGUCCCAGUGUUUCACUGUUUCUUGGAAUCUGCACAGACAAGACACAUUCUCAUUCCAGUACUUUCAUGUAAUAGUUUCUCUGUACAACCCCUUCACUACCCAGUUAGAUUGAACAUAUACUCCAUUUAAGAUUAAUGAGAUAAACAGAUGCUUCUUCUGUGUCAGCAGAACGCUAGAAGAUUAUUUAGAUAUGUAUCUUUGUGAAACGGUUACAAGCAUUUGGAGACUCCAAAAAAUGACUAUGAUCACAUAUUGGAGCAUUUGGGCAGAAUGACAUUACAAGAAACAGCACUGCUGCAAAAAACUGGAGCCUGGUCUUUCCUCCUUUGUGUACUAUCUAGCGAAAUGUACCUGAUUGCUACAGAGCACCCCUUUCAUGAAAGCCAACAAAUGAAGUCAAGACAAACAUGCUUCUUUUAUACCCAUGAGAUCUUCUCCAACACAGCACUCAGUUCAGAGGAAGGAAGAUCAAUUUUUCUGCAUCACCUCUAAACAAACUCUUUUAAACUUGUCUUCCCAAAAUAAGGUAACCCUACAUCCUAAUUUCCCCUCAGUGAUAGCAAAAACACAUGCUACCAACAGACAAUAUUGGCUGGUCCAUUCCCCUUCAUUCCAUACUCUCGUACUUGGGCACUCUCAAACGCACAGAUGUCCUUUCACCAAACUGUCCCAGGGUCAGUUCUUACCUGCUUCUGGUUGGUUUUCUACUCUCUCGUUAGCCAUUCCUUUCUGCCUUUCUUAUUCUUCUUACGGGCAACCAGCAGCUGUCUCUUCUGACAGAUUUGGCUGGUCUUCAGCUCAGCCUUCCUUACCUGGAUGCCCUCAAGAUGCUUUGGACAAUUCCCAUAACCCAUCAGAAUCGACAGUGGUCAGGGAUUGAAGCAUUUGUAGACCUUUAGAGAACAUCAAGCUAGGGAGCUGUCCACAGGAGGACUGCUGGGGAUGGGAAGGGAGAAAGGUGGAGCUGGAGGCUGAAGUGUUGCCACUUUUGUACCACCCAUAAUUGAAAGGAUAUUUUAAAUUUGGGGGAUAGGGAAGUUUUUUAAAAUCAUCAUUUGAACUGGUGAGUGCUGGCAGAAGUAUCCAGGUGCACCAUGCUGCCAACCCAGACAGAAGCUGUAUGAGAUAGUACAGAAAGAAGGCAAAAUUCAUACAACAGUUUUUGUCAGCGACAUAGGACCAUGCUUUUUACAGUUUUGCUUCCUUGAACUAGAGUUCCAAAGAGUUUUUUCAUACUUAAAUCCUAACUCUAUUUACUUGGAAACAGGUCCCAUUGCUUUCGGUUGGGCUUUGAGUAAGUCUGUUGAGGGAUGUAGGCUUAAGAAGUCAACUCCUUUGUUUUCCUGUUUUUCUUGUUGGGGGUUUGUUCAGUGUUUGACUAACAGACAUCAGAUGUUAAGUUUCUCCCCUCAUUCUCUUAAUAUCAAACUAACAUAACCAACAUACACUAGCUACAUAUAUCAGUAAUUGCUUUCUCAAGGGCAGGAUGGGCCAGGGGUUAUUUAGGAUUCUUCAUCUGAUUAACCAGCUUGAGCAGAGAAUUAUGAAACACAGUAUGUGCUUAACCUUUCUUAAAUGCUUGUGCCAAAAUAAACACAUAAUAACCUC